AUGGAGGAGUUGAAUAUCAAUUUUGAAACUUUUAAGAAAAGGGUAUUAUCUUUGCAUUCAAAGUAUCAAACCUUUGAAGACUCCCCAAAAUCUUUAUUGUUUACCUUAGGUUCUUCAAAUUCUGAAAACCCAUACCAAAAGACCACGAUCCUUCACAACUGGCUACUAAGUUAUGAAUUUCCAGCUACUUUGAUUGCUUUUGUUCCAAGUAAAGUAAUCAUUAUCACAAGUGCAGCAAAAGCUAAGCAUUUACAAAAAGCCGUUUCUCUUUUUGAAGCUGAACCUGUUAAAUUGGAGUUAUGGGAAAGAAUCAAUAAGGAUGUUGAACACAAUAAAAAAUUAUUCGAAAAUGUGAUUGAACUAAUUAAGGAAGCAGGUAGUUCUGUUGGAUUAUUAACUAAAGAUGUUUACCAGGGUAAAUUUAUGACUGAAUGGAACCCACUUUGGGAAGAAGCGGUUAAAGCUAAUUCACUUACUACUGUUGAUGUUACUGUAGACAUUUCUAAAAUAUUAGAACAAAAAGAUGCUAGAGAAAUGAAAUAUAUCUCUGUUGCUGCUAAAGGUUCCGAUAAAUUUAUGAAUUUACUUUCGGAUGAAAUGGUUCGUGCUGUUGAUGAGGAACUAAAGAUUUCGAAUGCCAAACUUUCUGACAAAAUUGAAAAUAAAAUUGAUGAUGGCAAAUUUUUGAAGAAAAUUUCUAGUGAGAUGGCUGCUCUAUGCCCACCUGAUCAUAAAUUUAACAUUGAUUUAUUAGAUUGGACAUAUUCUCCAAUUAUACAAUCUGGAUCGAAAUUUGAUCUAAAGGUGUCCGCCCGUUCCAACAAUGAUCAGCUACAUGGUAGUGGUUCCAUUUUGGCAUCAUGCGGUAUACGUUAUAACAAUUAUUGUUCUAACAUCACUAGGACAUUUUUAAUAGAUCCAUCCGAGGAAAUGAUUAACAAUUAUGAUUUUAUGAUUGAUUUACAAAAGAAGGUCGUUGAAGAUUUCUUAAAGGUUGGCUCUACUCCAAAACAAGUAUAUGAGAGUGUUGAAGAAUUUAUUCAAAAACUGAAACCUGAAUUAGUUCCAUCAUUUACGAAAAAUAUUGGUUUCUUGAUGGGUUUAGAAUUCAGAGAUUCAAAUUUCGUCUUAAACACUAAAAAUGAGACCCGUAAAAUCCAAAACGGUGAUUGUUUCAAUAUCUCAUUUGGUUUUAACAAUUUAACUGACUCCAAAACCGAGCAAUCCUAUGCAUUACAGAUUGCUGAUACCGUUCAAAUUCCUGAAAUUUCAGAUACUCCUCAAUUUGUAACUGAUUAUACUAAAGCCAGAUCUCAUAUCUCCUUUUAUUUCAACAAUGAAGAGGAUGAGAAACCAAAACCUAAGGCAAGUUCUAACAUUUCAAUUAAACCGGAAGCAAAUUCAAAAAUUUUAAGAACAAAAUUACGUGGUGAAGCUCGUGCGGAUUCAAAUGAAAACCAGAAGGAACAAAUUCGUAAAGAAAAUCAAAAGAAACUACACGAGAGAUUACAAAAAGAUGGUUUGUUGAGAUUUAGCGAAGCAGAUGCAUUAGACACUGGUAGUGAGCCACGUCAAUUUUUCAAGAAAUAUGAAUCUUUUGUACGUGAAUCACAAUUACCAUCUAACGUUCGUGAUUUAAGAAUUCAUGUUGACUGGAAGAGUCAAACAAUUAUUUUACCAAUUUAUGGUAGACCAGUUCCAUUACAUAUUAAUUCUUAUAAAAACGGUUCUAAAAAUGAAGAAGGUGAAUACACUUACUUACGUUUAAAUUUCCAUUCUCCAGGUACGUCAGGUGUUUCAAAGAAAACUGAAGAGUUACCAUACGAGGAAUCAGAUGACAAUCAAUUCGUACGUUCUAUUACUCUUAGGUCAAAGGAUGGUGAUCGUAUGAGUGAUGCCUUCAAGCAAAUUCAAGAUUUAAAGAAAGAAUCUACUAAAAGAGAUCAAGAACGUAAAGUAUUAGCUGAUGUUGUUCACCAAGAUAAAUUAAUAGAAAAUAAAAACGGUAGAACGAAGAGAUUAGAUCAAAUUUUUGUUAGACCAAGUCCAGAUACUAAGCGUGUUCCAAGUACUGUAUUUAUCCACGAAAAUGGUAUCAGAUACCAAUCGCCACUAAGAACAGAUAGUAGAAUCGAUAUUUUAUUUUCUAACAUGAAAAAUAUUUUCUUCCAAUCAUGUAAGGGUGAAUUAAUAGUCAUCAUUCAUAUUCACUUGAAGAACCCAAUUUUAAUGGGUAAGAAAAAAGUACAAGAUAUUCAAUUCUAUCGUGAAGCUUCCGAUAUGGCUGUUGAUGAAACUGGUACUGGUAGACGUUCUCAAAUGAAGUUUAGAAGAUACGGUGAUGAAGAUGAAAUAGAACAAGAACAAGAAGAAAGAAGAAAGCGUGUUGCUUUAGAUAAAGAGUUCAAAUAUUUUGCUGAUGCCAUUGCAGAUGCUUCGAAUGGUUUAUUAAAUGUCGAAAGUACCUUCAGAGAUCUAGGUUUCCAAGGUGUACCAAAUAGAUCUGCUGUUUUCUGUAUGCCAACUACUGAUUGUUUAGUUCAACUAGUCGAGCCUCCAUUCAUGGUUGUCAAUCUUUCAGAAAUCGAAAUAUGUAUCUUAGAAAGAGUCCAAUUCGGUUUAAAGAAUUUCGAUAUAGUUUUCGUUUACAAAGACUUUAAGAAACCGGUCACACACAUCAACACAGUUCCAAUAGAAUCAUUGGACUUCCUAAAACAAUGGUUGACGGAUAUGGAUCUUGCUUACACAGUCUCUUCAAUUAAUUUAAAUUGGACAACCAUUAUGAAAUCCUUACAAGAAGACCCACAUCAGUUUUUCUUAGACGGUGGUUGGUCUUUCCUGGCUACAGGUUCCGAUGACGAAGGCUCUGAUGAUAGUGAUGAAGAAAUAUCCGAGUAUGAAGCAUCUGAUGAUGAUCCAAGUGAUGAAAGUGCACUUUCUGAAGAAGACGACUACUCUGAGGAAGAAGCCUAUUCCUCCGAAGGUAGUGUAGCCGAUGGUAGCGAAGGUGAAGAAGAUGGUGAGGAUUGGGACGAAUUAGAAAUGAAAGCAGCAAAAGCUGAUCGUACCAGCAAUUAUAAAGAUUAA